AUUCGUAUUUUUCAUUCAGCCUUCACAGCUUGGAUAAUUCAGUGAGCAAUUGUAUGAGUCGAUCAACGCUGCUGUAAAAUGAAAAUUUUCAGUUUUUUUGUCUUAUGCUUUAUACUUUUGCAUUCCAAUAACGCAGUCGAAAGUCAGAAAGAAAAUCAGGAAAACUUGGUUGAAAAUAUACCUGAUGAAAAUCAGGAGAACUCAGAAAACCAAAAAAGCGCUGCUUUAAUUUUUAGUCAAGAAACCCAGCAACUUGUUGAAAUGGUGAAAGGAGACCAGAAAACUCGAUGUUUGUCUUGUCUAAUCGCUUGCCCGGCUUUUGUACAUUCCCAUACAGAAACAUCAAUCAAUAAUCUCGUUUCCAUAACUCAAAAAAGCCUAUUUUUUCGAAAUAGUUACAAAAACGCAGUAUUGGAGGUAAACAUGGAAAUAGAUAUUUGUUACCAACCGUUUAAACCAGGAAUGGCCUACGAUAUUGAAACACAUUCUUAUGAGAUUGGUUAUGAGCUUUAUCUCGACACAGGGAAGACUAAAUUACGUGGCAGUGAAUUUUUUCCCUUCAAUAAUUUCAGAAAGAUCAUUCACAAUCGAGUUUACAAUGAGGAGCCUUAUGACAACGUUUUAGUGAAAAAAUAUGCUCAAAGUACUGGGAGAAUCACGACACUUCGCGUUGACACCCUCAGUGAUGAACCACUUCGAACGCUGGUAUUUUAUUGGGCAGCUGUAUUAUCAAUUCGAUUUUCCAAGCAUCACAGGCAUAUCAAGUUCGCACCUGACGUAAUUAAUAAGCACACUACAAUAGAAAAGUGCGAACAUUACACCAUAGAAGAUGAAAUGAUCAAAAGACAAAUAGAAAACAUCAGGAAGCAAUCAUCCCCUCCCACGUUUACAAAAGAUCAUCCUGAAUCAACCUGCGUUGAGAAUCACGACUGUUUGGAACCCACACAAAUAAUGCCUAUGAUUUAUGUACACACGUAUGCUUCAAAACUUGCCACUUGCACGCAUUUAAAUCUGGCAUUUAUUUGGGGAAGUGUUGCAAAUAACCAUUUGAAAGAAGUUGAUCGGUAUUUAUUCGCAGUAUUGAGGCAUUGGUAUUCAGCCAUAACCAUAAUUUUCGGCAUACAAGGAGAAUCAGAGUUGCAGAAAAAAAUGACCCUUUUAGCGAAAUCCAAAGAAAUAAAGCUAACAAUAAGCAAAGAAUCAACUGAAGACACCAUUAAUUCUGGGCAACCUGGUGAAAAACCCGAAGAAAAAAAAAUAGGCAUCGAGCUCACGGAAAAUAUCCCAAUUCCUGAACUAAUGUAUCGAAUGGUCGAAUACCGCCUGAAGCAUAAAACAUACAGAGUGCUUAUUAUCAUCCAUAAUGAACGUGUUUCUGUACCAGUGGAGGAUAGAAUUUGCUUAGAGAAAGACGAAGUAGCAGGUUGGAGUAGAAUAAAGAACGAUAAUGUUGAAACUGGACUGACUUACGCUUGUCCAGUGACACAAAAAACUCUCGAGAAAUUGGGCGAAUAUGGUGGAACACUUUUAGCUUACAGUGGAGUUCUCAGGUUGGACGAGUUUCCAGUUGAUAAAAAUAAGAUACCCUUGUUUCCGGCGAAAAUCGAGUUUGAAGAUGAAACUGAGAAUGUUGCGAAGGAGUAUGAAAAUAUUUUCUCGAAUCCUCCAGCUCAGAGUACAAUUUGAGAUGGGGAUUUUUUUUAAUUAUGAGAGACGUGAUCUAGGUAUAUUCUUGAAUUUGGAUAUACAAAUUUACUAUUUUCUAUUGCAAUUUUCAACAAUUAUUUUUAUUAUGGUACCUAUUUCAGGUAGGUAAUAGGUAUGUAUUCUGUCAAUUUUUCAAAGUUUUCUCAAUAUUUUUUUCAUUUUUCAAAGCAUUGAGUGAAUUAUUAUUUUAUUUUCAGUAAUCUUAAUGCAAAUUUAGCUAAUUUUCUAGAAAUUUUUAUGUAGGUAUUGUUUUAAACGCAAUUUUGAUGA